CCGCCGACUCGAUCCCCAAUGAAGAUGAACCCCUUCGACUCCUCUCCGACCCCCGACGCCUCCCCACGAAGCUUCUCCUCCUCUCCUCGCUAUUUAUCCUCCGCCCACGCCGUUCUCCAAGAUCCAUCCCGAGACACUCGACACAGUCCACCACGCACGCGCAGCAGCAGCAGCAGCAGCGCCCGAGAAUCUCAUCGGCGGAGAAGGAGCGACCGAUAAUGGUGAUGGCGGCGGCGGAGGGGCGGCGGGGGGACGCGGAGGCGGAGCUGAACCUGCCGCCGGGGUUCCGGUUCCACCCGACGGACGAGGAGCUGGUGGCGGACUACCUCUGCGCGCGCGCGGCCGGGCGCGCGCCGCCGGUGCCCAUCAUCGCCGAGCUCGACCUCUACCGGUUCGACCCGUGGGAGCUCCCGGAGCGGGCGCUCUUCGGGGCGCGGGAGUGGUACUUCUUCACGCCGCGGGACCGCAAGUACCCCAACGGCUCCCGCCCCAGCCGGGCCGCCGGGGGCGGCUACUGGAAGGCCACCGGCGCCGACAGACCCGUGGCGCGCGCGGGCAGGACCCUCGGGAUCAAGAAGGCGCUCGUCUUCUACCACGGCAGGCCGGCGGCGGGGGUCAAGACGGACUGGAUCAUGCACGAGUACCGCCUCGCCGGCGCCGCCGCCAAGAGGGACGGCGCCUCGCUCAGGCUCGACGACUGGGUGCUCUGCCGCCUCUACAACAAGAAGAACCAGUGGGAGAAGAUGCAACGGCAGCGGCAGGAGGAGGAGGAGGCGGCGGCCAAGGCUGCGGCGUCACAGUCGACCUCGUGGGGUGAGACGCGGACGCCGGAGUCCGAUGUCGACAACGGUCCGUUCCCGGAGCUGGACUCGCUGCCGGAGUUCCAGGGAAUGGGGACGACAAACGCGGCGAUACUGCCAAAGGAGGAGGUGCGGGAGCUGGGCAACGACGACUGGCUCAUGGGGAUCAGCCUCGACGAUCUUCAGGGCCCCGGCUCCCUGAUGCUGCCCUGGGACGACUCCUACGCCGCCUCGUUCCUGUCGCCGGUGGCCGCGAUGAAGAUGGAGCAGGACGUCAGCCCAUUCUUCUUCUGAGCCAUCAACUCUCUCACAGUAGCAUUGUUGUCUGCGGCGUAACUGUAGUCUCUAGAUAGUUCACAUUUGCUCAGGAUUUAGUUUUAUUCUGGAUUUAUUUGUAUUAUAUAUUGCUUUUUAAUGAUACAUUGCCAGCCGGUACUGAAUA